AUUUACCCAAAUUCUCAAUCUCCCUAUUUCUUCUUUCAUUCUCAAUCUCAGACCUCCUUCACUUUCAGAGCUUUUCUACUCAAAAAGCCAGCGCCUUUGUUCUCCUAUGCGAUCUCAACCCAACCCCAUUCAUCAAUGCUAGCAUUCAAUUCCGCUCACUAUAUAAUCUCAUGGGCCACCACCACCACCUCCACAACACCACCGCCGACGGCGGCGUCUCCCAGCGAGUCAACAGCCCCAGGUUCUCCGGCGCCAUGACCCGCCGCGCCCACUCCUUCAAGCGCAACCCUUUCUCCUCCUCCGCCGGCGCCGGCCACAAUGACGACGGCGGCGGCGGAAGUGGCGGCGGGUUCAGUACCCAGUACGAGGUGGACCUGCAGAUGACCUCGCCCAGAGCGGAGAUCGGCGGGAGCUCCGGCUCCGGCGAGGGGUUUGGUGAGUCGGCGGCGGAGAGGAAGCAGCAGAGCAGCCACGUGACGCAGAGGGCGGCGGUGAGAGGGUUUCUGAGGAAGCCGAUUGAGGCGGUUAUGGUGGAGAUGGGUUUGAGGGAAAGGAAGAGACUUGGGCAUUGGAUGUUCUUUGCGUUUUGUGGGCUUUGUUUGUUUCUGGGGAUUCUCAAGAUUUGUGCUACUGGCUGGUUUGGAUCUGCUAUUGAAACUGCAAGGUCCAAUCAGGAUAAUUCUGGCUCCACGGCUCAUUCAAAUCGGAUUGAUCAAAGCUCUCAUGAUUAUGGGUAUAGAGAGGGAGGAACUGAUGUUGAACGGACUCUAAUGAUGGUAUCGUCUGGUGUGGUUGGUGGAGAGAACAGAGCUGAAUACACAGGUAUCUGGUCCCAACCCAACAGUGCAAAUUACACUCAGUGCAUUGACCAUCCAAAAAGCCACAAAAAGCUAGAUCCAAAGACCAAUGGUUACGUUCUUAUAAAUGCCAAUGGUGGCUUGAAUCAGAUGAGAUUUGGGAUUUGUGAUAUGGUUGCUGUUGCUAAGAUUAUGAAGGCAACACUUGUCCUACCUUCACUUGAUCACACCUCCUAUUGGGCUGAUGAGAGUGGCUUUAAAGAUCUGUUUGAUUGGCAACACUUCAUUGAGACAUUGAAGGAUGAUAUCCACAUAGUUGAGACAUUACCACCUGAAUAUGCAGGAAUUGAACCUUUCAACAAAACACCAAUAUCUUGGUCUAAGGCAAGUUAUUAUAAGUCAGAGGUUCUCCCACUGCUGAAGCAGCACACGGCAGUCUAUCUCACUCAUACUGAUUCUCGGCUUUCCAACAAUGGGCUUCCAAGUUCCAUUCAAAAACUGAGGUGUCGUGUGAAUUACAGGGCAUUGAAAUAUUCAGCUCCAAUAGAAGAACUUGGAAAAACCUUGGUUUCUAGAAUGAGGCAGAAUGGAGGUCCUUACCUUGCUCUCCACUUGAGGUAUGAGAAGGAUAUGCUUGCAUUUACGGGCUGCAGUCAUAGUUUGACAGCAGAAGAGGAUGAAGAACUACGCAGAAUGCGCUAUGAAGUCAGCCACUGGAAGGAGAAAGAGAUUAAUGGGACAGAGAGAAGGUUGCUUGGUGGUUGUCCAUUGACCCCUAGGGAGACUUCUCUUUUGCUCCGAGGGCUGGGUUUUCCUUCAAGCACCAGGAUUUACUUGGUAGCUGGUGAAGCUUAUGGGAAUGGUAGCAUGCGACAUCUUGAGGAUGACUUCCCGAACAUCUUCUCCCAUUCGACUCUCGCCUCAGAAGAAGAACUGAGUCCAUUCAGGGAUCAUCAGAACAUGUUGGCUGGUAUAGACUAUGCUGUUGCCUUAGAGAGUGAUGCUUUUCUUUAUACAUAUGAUGGAAACAUGGCAAAAGCUGUUCAAGGGCAUAGGCGCUUUGAGAACUUUAAGAAGACCAUCAAUCCAGACAAGAUGAAUUUUGUGAAACUUGUUGAUGAUUUUGACCAGGGAAAAAUCUCUUGGAAGAAGUUUAGUUCUAAGGUGAAGAAGCUUCACCAUGACAGAGAUGGGUCUCCAUAUUUGAGGGAGCCUGGAGAGUUUCCGAAGCUGGAAGAGAGUUUCUAUGCAAAUCCUUUUCCAGGCUGUAUUUGUGAAACAAGAUGGAAAAAGUAGAGGCUGAACAGUUUUGCAUUAUAUGAUGUUGUCAGUUAAGCUGAAUGCAAAUUGCAAAGACCUCAAGGUGUGUUGCCGUUGUUUCACACAUAUUGGCAGGGCAAUGGCAAUCUUAAAUUCCCAAUUGCAAAUAGCAGGAUGAUUGGCAAGCACACCUGCUCAUUUGGAUGAGUUGUGGAAUUAAGGCAAGAAAAACUCGGAAAUUCUCUAAUUCGAGCGUCGUGACAGAAGUCGGGUGUAUAUCAUUCUCCAGGUCUACUGGAAAGUAAAAAUUGAUACCGUGAAUAGAUAACCUCAUUGCUACUGUACCACAACGAUUAGAGAACGCUGCUGUUUGGUUUUGCAAAUUAUUGAUUCUUAAUUUUCUUUUUGAGAAUGUAAUAGGAAUACAAGGGCACUGAGAAUGUGAUAGGGAAUGUAUUUUGCAACAGUAUGAAAAUGCAAUUCAAAAGGUAUCAAUUUUUUA